AUGGCGCCCAAACGCAAGGCCGAGCCUGCAGCUGAGAAGCCGCAUGGCUAUGAGUUCUUCGGACCACCUGGUGCUUUCGUCAUUUCCUUCUUCUUGCCUGUACUUUGUUAUGCCUUCACCUUUCUCUGCAAUGACAUCUCAGGGUGUCCUGCACCAUCGCUGCUUCAUCCAUCAACAUUGGACUUCGAACAGCUGAAGAAAGAAGUCGGCUGGCCUGGGUUCUCAGGCUUAAUCACCUGGAAUGCCGUCCUAGGAAACUUUGCCUACUACUUACUCAGUCUGGCUCUGUACGCUUUCCUCCCGGCUGAAGAGCCUGAAGGCACUGAACUUCGCACUGGAGGAAGGCUCAAGUACCGUUUCAAUGCCUGGGGCUCCGGUAUAUUCAUUCUGGUCAUCCUCGCCGCAGGAACCAUCGUUGAAGGCGCCGAAUUCCGCGUUUGGACCUUUAUCUCGGAAAACUACGUCGGUCUUCUCACCACUAAUAUUCUGACCUCCUAUGCCUUGGCUACCUAUGUGUACAUCAUUUCUUUCACCGUUCAACACCCGAAGGACCCAAGCCUGCGUGAGCUUGCCAUGGGCGGGCACAGCGGCAAUAUGUUGUACGACUGGUUCAUCGGCCGCGAGCUUAACCCGCGCAUUACGUUCCCCGUGUUUGGCGAAAUUGACAUCAAGACCUGGGCCGAAAUCCGCCCCGGAAUGCUCGGUUGGGUGAUUCUUGAUCUGGCUUUCAUCAUGCAACAGUACCGCAACUUCGGCAAAGUCACCGAUUCUAUCAUUCUUGUUACAUUCGCACAGGCCUUCUACGUCUUUGACUGCUACUACAUGGAGCCCGCCAUGCUGACCACCAUCGACAUCAUCAGCGACGGCUUCGGACUGAUGCUUGCCUUUGGCGAUCUCGUCUGGGUGCCUUUUACAUACAGCCUGCAAGCGCGUUACCUGGCCACCUACCCCGUGGAACUUGGCAUCCGCGGCUUGGUACCGAUCUUCGCGGUCCAAGCAGUCGGCUACUACAUCUUCCGCUCUGUCAACAACGAGAAGAACCGCUUCCGCACCAACCCCGACGACCCGCGCGUGAAGCACCUGAAGUACAUCGAAACUGCGUCCGGCUCCAAGCUUCUCAUUACCGGCUGGUGGGGCACCGCGCGUCACAUCAACUACCUCGGCGACUGGUUCAUGUCGUGGUCGUACGUCCUUCCCACCGCUGCCGCUGGCUACGUCAUCCGAAAUGCAGCGACACACCCCGUCGAUGCUUUGUCUAAAGACGCCGUCUUCUUCCAGAACUCAUACCAGAAGUACGUCGUUCCCGGAGAGGCCAAGGGCUGGGGCAUGAUCGUCACGUACUUCUUCAUGGUGUACUUUGCUGUUCUACUUCUUCACCGUGAGCGCCGCGACGAGGAGAAGUGCCGCAGGAAAUAUGGCAAGGACUGGGAGAGGUACUGCGAGUUGGUGCCGUACAGAAUCAUCCCUUAUGUCUAUUAG